GGAAGCAGAGGUUUUGUCUCAGCAUGGAGGCCGUGUCGGAUUUGUUAUGAUCGUUUCGUGUUUAUCUUGUGUUAAGCUAAUGUGCACCAGUAGUUAAGGAUGUGUGGGUGACAUGUUAAAGAUUUAAACCUCAGUUUGUGCCUAAAACAAGAGGAGAUGUGAGGAUAGAUAGUGAUGAAAUAGCAGCUGGGCGUGUUUACAGUACAGCUGUUUGUGUUAAUGCUCAGAAAACCCAUCCAUCCCUUCUCCAUCACCAAUCACCCGUGGCGUUUCGAUGCCUAACGCCCCAGAAGGUCAGGGGUCAAACCUCCCCGGGCCUUCGGACCCCCCCUCUGUGCGUCAGAGGCCCCUGGACACAGAGGACGAGGAGAACCGCAGCCUGAUGAUGGCAAGGGAAGCUGCGAGAGUUCGGAGAGCCUCUAGCGCCGAAAUCCACUGGACCUGCCCCGUCACUCACUCCAGGGAGAAGUUCUACACCGUGUGCUCCGACUACGCUCUGCUGAACCAGGCGCCGUCCGUGUACCGGCCUGCGGACAUCUCCAACACCUCCAACACCUCCAAUACCGCCAACACCUCCAACGUCUCCAACGUCUCCAACAACCCCAACGUCUCCAACAACCCCAACAUCUCCAACAUCUCCAACACCUCCAACGUCUCCAACACCCCCAACACCUCCAACACCUCCAACACCUCCAACGUCUCCAACAACCCCAACGUCUCCAACAACCCCAACAUCUCCAACAUCUCCAACAACCCCAACACCUCCAACACCCCCAACACCUCCAACACCUCCAACGUCUCCAACAACCCCAACGUCUCCAACAACCCCAACACCUCCAACGUCUCCAACAACCCCAACAACCCCAACAUCUCCAACACCUCCAACACCUCCAACGUCUCCAACGUCUCCAACAACCCCAACAUCUCCAACAUCUCCAACACCUCCAACGUCUCCAACAACCCCAACAUCUCCAACAUCUCCAACAACCCCAACACCUCCAACACCCCCAACACCUCCAACAACCCCAACACCUCCAACACCUCCAACACCUCCAACAACCCCAACACCUCCAACACCUCCAACAUCUCCAACACCUGCAACGUCUCCAACUCCAACCUGCAGGACGGGAAGCCCAAACCUGAGGAGGAGUUCAGCGCUGGCCCCUCGGAUGCUGCGGGGUCCGAUGGAGACGGAGACAUGGUGGAAGUGUUGUCCAAACCUAUCCUGGCCUGGGAGAUAGACACCACGGACUUCAAUGCUGUGCUCACUAGAAAAAUACGAACAAGUAACGUGAAGAAGAUCAGCUCAAAGAAGAUGAAGUCCUCAGACAGACAGAGCAGGAACCUGCAGGACGUCGCUCCUCACGCUUCGCAGGAGGACAUCAAGCAGAGGAAAGUGCUCGACCUCAGGAGAUGGUAUUGCAUCAGCCGGCCUCAGUACAAGACUUCCUGCGGCAUCUCCUCUCUCAUUUCCGUCUGGAACUUCCUGUACAGCACUCUGGGGGCAGGAAGUUUACCCCCCCUCUCUCAGGAGGAGGCUCUGCAUAUCCUGGGUUUCCAGCCGCCUUUUGAAGAAAUCAAGUUCGGUCCUUUCACUGGAAACGCCACGCUAAUGAGGUGGUUCAGACAGAUUAAUGAUCAUUUCCGAGUGCGCGGCUGCUCCUACAUCCUGUACAAACCUUACGGGAAACACAAGACAGCAGGAGAGACGG